AUGUCGUCGUCCGCCAGCUCCGGCGAGACCAGGCCUUUCGCCGUUCUCUUUGUGUGCCUCGGUGAUCCCUCGCUUCUGGGCUCGAGAGGAAGGAGAAGGAGACGAUUCUUCCUCUCUCCAUAGAUGUGCUUCCUUCCCUGUGAUGGUGCUCACUCGUAAUUUUCGACCACCGUUUGGUCAGGGAAUAUCUGCCGGAGUCCCGCGGCGGAAGGCGUAUUCACGGAUCUGGUGGUCAGGAAGGGGCUGGACGCCCGUUUCAGGAUAGACUCCGCCGGCACCAUAGGCUACCACGAGGUAUUGGAUUUCCGAUCCCUCCCCCCCCCCCUUUUCAUCACCGCAAUGGCCCCUGCCUGCGGCGUGGAUGUUGAUCGGUUGCCAUUUCUCUUUCUUGUGGGGUUGGGACCACGAAAGGGCAAUCCGGCUGACCCUCGGAUGCGGGCCGCUUCGAAGAGGAGGGGUAUUGAGAUCACGUCGAUCUCCCGUCCCAUCCGGUCAUCUGAUUUCCGGGACUUCGAUCUCAUACUGCCAAUGGACUUGCAGAACAAAGGUGCCGACACCUCACUCAUACGCCCACACCCAAUUGGAGAAACUUUUUCGAGCCCUCUGUGAACAUUAGGUUCUUACUGUUUAUAGGAGCAAAGUGAAUUCCAUGUUCAACUUUGUCUCAUCUUUCGAUCUUUCUCCUUCCCCAGAGGAUAUACUGAAGGCAUAUCAGAGAUGGAGAACCAAGGAAGAGCUCCCCAAGGACGCCCACAAGAAGGUUGGUGAAGCCCCAUCGCUGUGAUCUUCGAUCUUCCUCCACUCUGCUUUGGUAUUUACGAUGGGUUCUGAGGGAAUUGGGAAAAAAGAAGGGAAAAAAAGAGAGCAAGCCCACGCUAUCAUUCCCGCUGCCGCUUUACGAUCCCUGGUCGUGGACCAUUGUUGCUUUGUUCAAGAAGAAAGGCCCUCUGCUGCUGAUCGAGGUGCUGUUCUUCGCAGGUCAAGCUGAUGUGCUCCUACUGCCAGAAACACGAGGAACCCGAAGUCCCAGAUCCUUAUUAUGGCGGGCCGAAGGGAUUUGAGAAGGUGAGACGAAAUCUAACGGGCUAGUUCGUUAGACUGAAAGUGCUACCCGGUAGCUUUGUUUUGUGUAUAAAUAUUGCAAUCUCCGCCUAGGAUUCGUCAUUUUAUCAGAGAACAUUACUGUUUCGAUUUGAUCUUCUGUUCCAGGUGUUGGACAUACUCGAAGAUGCAUGCAGCUCCUUACUGGACGACAUAAUCGCCAAGAACUACAGGCUCAGUUCUUCAUGA